CCUCCGCCUUCGAUUACUCAGACUGAUUACGUGUGGCGCUGUUGUUGCAAUUCAGAACGAGACGGUACUGCAGCUGGAGAGAUACAGCAGGAGUGCUCGCAAGUAAAAUCUAUGCAAAACUGAACUGGAUGCAAGCCGGAUUCAACUUUCCAAACGUAGUGCAUGAAAUGCAUCGAAAGCACACGACUCAGGGUCAGUCGGAUUUUAAUAACAAAGAAAAGGAGUAAGAGUGAGAAGAAAGUAGAAGGGAGAGGUGUUUGUUUCGCAAAGUCUUUCCACUUGUGUUGAGUUUUUGCUGGUGCUGGCUGAGUGGUAAUUCAUUGGCAGUUCUAUUAUUCGUUUCGUUGUUUGGGACUAUGGCGCUGAGGGCGAGGGCUCUGUAUGACUUCAAUUCGGAAAAUCCCGGGGAGAUCUCCGUGCAGGAAAAUGAAAUCGUUACCCUGGACAGCGAGACGGAUAUUGAAGGCUGGCUGGAAGGAGUGAAUAGCCGAGGGGCUAGGGGGCUUAUCCCAGCUUCUUACGUGGAAAUCCUUAAGACUAGCGAGCCUGCCUCUUCUUUAAACAACGCAGCCGGCAAUGGGAACGCGUCCAGGUAUGGCAACAUUCCCACCGGUGGAUACGACACUUCAUCUUACACGACCCAGACCCAGACCCAGAAUCAAAACUUCACCCAAGCCCCGGCAGCCUUUACUUCGCUUUCUGUCCCUGUGCAGCAGCAGCAGCAGGCAGCACAGCAGAACUACCAGGCGAGCCAAGGCAGUGAUGAUGACUGGGAUGACGACUGGGAUGACAGCUCGACCGUGGCGGACGAGCCCGGGGUGGUGGGGGGCGGUAGUCAGGACUGCCAUGCGGCUCGAUACAGGAUCUCCACCCGGUCCGAUACCUCUUCUGUAUACAGCAGGAGUGGUCAACAGCAGUCAGCCAAGGGCUCGGCAACUGUCAGUAGAAACCUCAACAGGUUCUCCACCUUCGUGAAAUCUGGCGGAGAAGCGUUUGUACUGGGGGAGGCUGCCGGCUUUGUGAAAGACGGUGACAAGAUCUGCGUGGUGAUGAGUCAGUAUGGCCCCGAAUGGCAGGAGAACCCGUACCCCUUCUCGUGCUCCAUAGACGACCCAACCAAGCAAACCAAGUUCAAAGGGAUGAAAAGCUACAUGUCUUACAAGCUGACCCCCACGCACACGCAAAACCAGGUGAACCGCAGGUAUAAGCACUUCGACUGGCUCUAUGCCCGGCUGGUGGAGAAAUUCCCGGUUAUUUCGGUACCACAUAUACCGGAGAAACAAGCCACGGGCAGGUUCGAGGAAGACUUCAUUUCCAAAAGAAGAAAGGGGCUGAUUUGGUGGAUGAACCACAUGACCACCCAUCCAGUCUUGUCGAGGUGUGAUGUGUUUCAGCAUUUUGUGACCUGCGCUAGCACGGACGAAAAAGCAUGGAAGCAAGGAAAAAGGAAGGCGGAGAAGGAUGAAAUGGUGGGGGCCAAUUUCUUCCUUACCAUCAGCACCCCACCGGCCCCCCUUGACUUGCAGGACGUGGAGAGUAAAAUCGACGGCUUUAAAACCUUUACUAAAAAGAUGGACGACAGCGUGCUGCAGCUCAACGCCACUGCCAACGAGUUUGCAAGGAAACAGAUCACCGGGUUUAAGAAAGAGUAUCAGAAAGUCGGCCAGGCUUUUAAAUCCCUGAGCCAAGCGUUCGAGCUCGACCAACAGCUGUACUCCGCGGGGCUGAACCAUGCCCUCGCGCACACGGGAGACGCUUAUGAUGCCAUCGGGGAGUAUUUUGCAGAACAGCCCAGACAGGACGUGGACCCAGUGAUGGACUUGUUAGCUCUUUAUCAGGGACACCUGGCAAACUACCCGGACAUCAUCCACGUCCAGAAAGGAGCCCUCACCAAAGUGAAGGAGAGCCAGAAGCAUGUGGAGGAGGGGAAGAUGGAGGCGCAGCAGGCGGAGGGCAUCAGCGAGCGCUGCAACAUCAUCUCCUUCAGCACACUGGCGGAGAUCCAGCACUUCCACCAGGUCCGCGUGCGCGACUUCAAGGCCCAGAUGCAGCACUUCCUGCAGCAGCAGAUCUGCUUCUACCAGAAGGUGACACACAAACUGGAGGAGGCCCUGCAGAAAUACGACAGCGCCUAAGAGGCCCCCUUCCAUCCUUCACCUCUCCCCAACUCUGAACAACAGUUAGCCCUGCUUCAGCAAUACCAAGGGAAGCACACUCCAGUUACCCACUGCAAUCCUGCUCCAAUUAGAUUCAGCAAUACCAAGAGAAACACACACCAGCUACCCACUGCAAUCCUGCUGCAGUCGGAUUGUGCGCCACUGUUGUUUUCCAAGUGGUUUAGGGUCCAGUGACUAUACCCUGACUAUUGAGGAAACAAGGCACACAGACACCAGGGAGUUACAUAGAGCUUAGUCUUGUAGAUCAUCUUUAUUAGUAUUUAUUAGCAAAGCAAGUAAAACACUGCAGUGGUUUGUCUAUAGGGAGGGAGGUAUGUAGGUUGGUGGGACUAUAUUAGAAAAAAACAUAAAACAGGAAGUAUAUUAUAACGACAAGUUAUAUUUUGUAUGCUUACACAACCAAUGUAACAUUUGCAGACUGUUUGUUAUAUGCCUUAUUGCAUUGUAUAAAAAGUGUUUUGAUAUGUUAUUGUUUAUUACGCAUCCAACAUGUUAGAAGGAUCCUGUGAUAAAGAUAUCUACUGUAGACUGGCCUGCCUUGGUUGCCUUGGAAUAUCCCCCUGGAUAAACUUGAGCCUCAACAAGAAAUAGCCGUUUACAAUAACCUAAUAGAGCAGCUGUCACCGCUGCCUUGUGCCUUUAGACUUCCUGUCUCUGUUAACCUUUGUAAUAACAAAUAGAUCCACAAAAACAUCAUCAGGCCUGUUUCAAAGGAUUGACUAGCAAAGUAAAGCACAUCUCUGAUGUGAAGCCAAGCUAUAAAAGACAAGUGACCUCCCUCUCCAGUGUCUUGAGGAAUGACCUCCCUCUCCAGUGUCUUGAAGAAUGACCUCCCUCUCCAGUGUCUUGAAGAAUGACCUCCCUCUCCAGUGUCUUGAAGAAUGACCUCCCUCUCCAGUGUCUUGAAGAAUGACCUCCCUCUCCAGUGUCUUGAGGAAUGACCUCCCUCUCCAGUGUCUUGAGGAAUGACUGCCUUCUCCAGUGUCUUGAGAAGUAAAGUUGCUUGUGUAUCCAGUAGUUCCUGAUGAAAUGUGUGAUAUCCAUUACCCUGAGAAGCCUGUGGUUCCUCUUCACUCUGAGGAAAUGUUACUAAUGAAGACUGGAAUGUACCGAGGGAGGGGGAGCUCCAGGCUUGAUGUUUGCACUCAAGGCACCAGCAUAAACACAAAAACAAAAUCCAAACACCAGGCUUGUAUUCAAAGAAAGCAUGCCGGGUGUGUAACGACAGGAAGUACUUUUCAAAUCCCUGUGGGUCUCUGCUUCAAAAACUGCUUUUAACUGUAAGCAGCAGCUAAAGCAGGACAGUCUUUGUAUAUUGCUUUUUUUUGUAGCACUUCAUAUAAAAGUGAACAAUUGAAAGCUGCAUCUCUUCAAGCUAUUCAGCUGCACCGUGCAGCUCCCAGGACCCAGUGUACCAGCUCACAGUACAAAAUAAACCCUUCCCACAGAA